CGGAUUGGGUCGUCCGUCUCAGGCGGAGAGAUGCCCAUUUUACUAGAAAUACAUAAGUACAUACGCUCGUUCUCUCGUCGUCCCCUACAAGAAGUUUCAGUAAAAGCUUUGUAAAAAUUUCAUCUGGGCUCAUUUUCUCAUCCUCCUGCUUUUCCUCGCGAUCUCGUGCUUCUCUGCUGCUGGGCACAAUUUUUCCGUGCCGUGUGUUCUACUCUCCAAGUAAGAAUUGCGAGAGAGUGAGUUUGGCAGUUUUCAGAGACCAAGAAAGCAGUUGGUUGGUGUUGGUUGGAGAGAGUCCUCGUCGUAGUGAGAGAGCACCGACCGAGUCUCGUUUCUUCGGUAUUUAGCAAAUCCGAAUCCACCGAACUUGUGGACGUUCAGCGUGUGAAAGAAAUCUCUUUAACUGCUCGGGUUUAACUUUUCUAUUACUAAAUGCACAUGCAUAAUAAUAAGCAAGGCAAGUGUGUGGUUGUUGUACGUACGUCGUCCCUCUCCUGCUCUUUCUUGCCCAAUAUGCUUCUUCAUAAGACAAUACGAACGAAUGCAAAUAACAAUAGUUUCACACGUAUUCCAUAGACCGAUAAAUACCCUGCACGAAACGCCAAACCAACCAAUAGUCACGUCGUGUAUACUGUUCUAACAGCAAGUGUGAAAAGUCGGUUCGUGCAAAAAUCAGUGAAAAUACGAGUGCAUUAAGCUACUUAUUAGGAUUUUACGGUGCAUUCUUCUUCACGUAAGAAAUCGUAAACAAUGGGUGAUCAACAUAAUUAAAUUUGGAAAAUAAUAUCAUUUUAAAACUAAUUUAAAAAUCGUUUGAAUAAUAAAUACACAAUGCCAAUCAGAGUAAUAAUACGGCAAAGGAUAAUUUAAUAAAACGGCCCAUAUUAAAAAUGCAGUGAGUGAAAGCAAGCAAAAAGUAGGAUUUUCUACCAAUAUCUUUUUCUCAUUCCAUUUCCAAUUUGUACAACUUUUUGGGUUCGUGACUGUUGUAUGACUGAUAAUUAUUCGGUGUUGCGUGCAAGUUUCGUUUGUUAUUCAUUGAACAAAUUAGUGGGCUUUUUGUUCAUGAUUUGUGAAAUUAACUUUCACUUUACUGACCAAACACUAUUGAUACCAGAAACUUUCUACUCAAUGUUUGGUCAAUAAUUAUAAAUCGGACUCAUCACUCAUCAUUAUCAAGGUGUCAAUCAGACACAUGUAUAAAACUGGUAUUUAUUAGUUUAUUAAUAACAUUGAACGACUUGGGGUCAUUGUCAACAAACGCGUGAAUUGAUCCAGAUUAUUAUUCUACGGUGUUAAAGAUAUCAUGAAAAAUCAAAUAAUUUCCAGAAAAGAUAAUUGCCCAACCAAAAUGUGAUCGCAUAACUGCAACACAAUUACAUGCGGAAUCUCAAAGGAAGAUUUUUGAAAUAAUUUCGACAUUAUUAAUAUAACUCCAACCAGCCAGAAUCAACUGAAGAAAAAACUGAGCUUCAUUUUUUUUCGAAACUCAUUGUCAAGAUGAUUGGAGCCAUGCCAGCCAUCGCGGUGCGAGGAAAGGGAAAGACGGACGGUUCGAUUGGUUUUAUGAGUCGACCGCACAAACUUUCCCUGCACUUUCGACCCCCGCUGACCAACCAUCAAGUGACGCCCACUCCAUCCCCCGUCAACUCGCCCCCAGGAGGAUAUAGCAGCCAGAGGGAAAAGGCACACCACCGUUUCGCCAGAAAUUUUCUUAGUAAACGGUGCAUUUUCCAGUUGAGCGUGUUGGCACCACUGGUGGGAGCUAUUCUUCUAUUCAUCGGACUAAUUCAACUCACCCCGGGAGCUGAAGCUAACCCAUAUGGCGUUCCACUCAUCAUCGCUGGCUCCGCAGCCCUCCUCCUUGGCAUAUUUGUAAUCCUAAUGCGCGUCUAUUUCACCUGGGAACUCAACAGACUUAACAUGAGGCGGGACGUACCUCAAAUUAAAGUCAACGAGCCCUCCGUGACUGAUCAGGACGUUGAGAAAAUUAUUGGCUCUCUUCCAGCCGCAUCAAACGACUCAGCCACCAACGUCAACGGUGCAGGCGUUGGGCGGAAAAGUAGUGUCGUCACGUGUCUCGGCAACAAUGUGACGACAUCAAUAGCCACCGAGGACAAGAAAUCCUCGUCCUCCCCCAACAAUAAGAAUUCGAGCACUCUCCCCUCCCCAAAAGCACCACCUCGAUCAAAGUCGAAGGAUAAGGAUCGAGACCGGGACAAAGAUAACAGCAAGCCGGAAGAAUCAGCAAAGCUUUUACAGGACAGCGUUGGUAGUGAGACAAAGGGAAAGGACGGCUGUGGUGGUGGGCAGCAGGACAAGAAAGCGUAGAGGAUUACGUACUUAAAUACUUACUCUUGCACAAUGCUCCUUUUAUAGUAUGUAACAUCAAAGGAAUGUCGGCUUGUGCAUAAAAUAGGGAACAGCAGCACAAGCACAAUGCCACCGCAAAACCUGGUUCGGACUUAACACAGUUUUUAAAGUAUCGGAAGAAUGAUAGACUUAUUGACCAGGAUUAUCUUACGAUUAGCACAACGGACAGACUUGAAUUGCACCACUGUUAUAAAUGUCACACAACAAGUAUUCAUAGCACCAUAUCCACAAAGCAGUAAAUCCACCAUACAAUUAUCUAUAUUUUUUGUUAUUGUUACCACUUUCACUCUACCACUUUCACCACCAGUCACUCUCACCUUUCAGGAUACGACUUGUUACCUUCGCCUUGAAUCUUUCACAUCUAUGUAUCUACUUACCAUCCAUUUACUCACUACCUCUUUAAUAAAUGUUCACCCUUUUUAUCCCUGUUUGCAGCUUUAGAUUCGUUUGUAGCUAUCAUGGAAAUGUGCAAAAUGUUUUGUCCUUGUAAUUAAACUGACUGAUAUAAACGAGGUUACAUACGAGAUAUGUACUUAUAUAUGGAGACCGACGAACUUUUGCUAUUUGAGAGUUAACUUUUCAAAAUUUAGCAGCAGGAUUUAUAAUAAAGCCAUAAAACGCCAUUUGUUAAUAACUACGUGCUGAAUACGCUGAUUAUAAACUCGUGAAAAAAACUCUUUAAAAAUACACUGCUACCUUGCUGCAUGUGACUGUACAAAUUCUUCGAACCAUUUUAUUGUGGGCUUUUAUUCUACCAAUCUAUUAAAAAUCUGUAUUACUAAAUAAACAACUGUGAAAAAUUAAUACUGCAUUUACCAAAAAGUUUAUAAGUAUUAAAAAAUAAUUCAAAUUAAACAGCUUACUUUGAAAUGUACCUUAAAAUGAAAAUGGAAUGCAUUUUACCAUUAGUUUAAGUAAGUACACAUACAUAAAUGUUUAAAUAAUGCACGAAAAUUCCUUAAUAAAAGACAAGACGUGUUAUGCAUUAAUUUUAUGUAAAUAAGUAAAAAAAAAUAUGCGAAUGCCUCUCUCAGAUAAAAAAGAAUAUGUAUGACGCUGAAGAAACAAAAACACAAAUUCACUUUCACUCCUCACCACAAAAAUAAAUACAUAAAUAUGUAAAUAUUAUGCACCACCGAGAUACAACAUAAUAGGACCAGGACCACUACCUCUUUUUCCACACAUGUUUCUCAUAAUUAAAUUAUAUUAUUAAAUGCUAUCCUCAUUAAGUUAAAUAGUUGUCCUCUCUUGUUGACGAUUUAAAUAUGCUAUGUACACAACUCACCCAGCACACAUUAUCCAUUCAUUCAAUGUAAUUAAUUAAUUAAUUAAUAUGUAAUUAAUUAAUGAUUGUGUGCUAAUUCUGCAGAAAAAUCUUCAUUGUAAAAAUUAAUGUUUGUUGAGAGUGAAUCCUAUUUAAUUUGCUCCUCGCAUGACGAUGAAUGAGUAGAUGAUUCUAUUUUCCAUUUUACAUUUUGUCGUUGCAUCACUUUUUUUGUAAUAUUUGCACCGGAGAUGAAUUCCACUUUAUCAAUAUCAAUGUCGAGUCUUUCACUUUGGGAAGGCGUUUCUUUUACUGUUUGCAAACAAAGUUUGAUCAUAUAAGCAAAAGUCCCGAUAUGUUCCUGUGAUGAUGGGUAAGAAGAAAUCAUGCAGUCUAGUCACACAAAUGUAUCUGAGAGCUGUUGUUACUUACAUUAAAAAAAUUUAUGAUGAAAGAAUUAAUUUUUGUACAUGAUUUGUCUAUAUAUUUAAGUUUAGUUUAAAUUAAUAAUGUAAAAAAUACAAUUGGAAAAAAUGCCAAAUCGUUCGCACUUUCGAAAAAAUGCUAUGCGCUUUAAAAAAUAUUGUCAGUGAGAAAUAUUUAAAAUUGACAUUAGCUUAAAAUUUGGUUUAGAUGGAAUCUCUGCACUUUCAAAUUUUAUUUAUUUAUAUUUAUAAAUUCUAUGUACGAGCUUCGUCUUCUUGUACAUUUCAUUGUAAUAAAGUUUAUAUUAUUAUACUUGCAGAAAAUUGUGAAUGCAACCUGGUUGCAUAAACUUUGUAAUUGUUUAUUCAUGUACUUGAUUGAAUAUUGUGUAUGGUAUGCAGUAAUGUUGCAAUACUUUUGCAAGAUUUUGAUCACCUUAACAUUGGUGGUUUUAAAGUAGCUAAAUAAUUUUAAUGUUUCAAAAGAAAAUUGUGUUUUGCAAAAAUUAUUAGAAAUAUUUAGUUAAGAUUUACUGCAAAAAAAAUAAUAUUAGAAUGUGAGUGAAUUUAUAAAAUACAGAAAAAUUAUUGUCGCGUCGUUCUUGUAUGUAAGUUUAAUGCGCUGAUACAUAUUUAAUAACAUUAUUUAUGCAAUGAUAUACAGAUACACAUUAUGCGAAAUUUACGGAAUGAAUAAAGAGAAAACUGGAUUUUCUGAA